CGUGUCAUGCACGACUUGACGCUCUCGCUUGUGUCCCCCUUUCGGCCCUCACUCUUCCUUCGAGCACCUUCUUGUUCACCCCCCCCCCCCCCCCCCCCCCUCUUUCUCACGCAACAACCGGCGUCCUUUCCUGACAAAAGUAUAAAAAAAAAAAAAAAGAAAAAGCGCAAUAACCGUCUUCUCGUACUCUCCGGUGGUGGUGCCGCUGACUGGACUUGGCUGACUUGGCCGCUCACAGAGAACGAGAAUCGAGCAGUUGUCUCGAAGGGUGCACACGGGAAGGGACUUUCGCUCACCGACGCCGCCGACGCCGCCGCUCGCUCUCCACAUCAUGCAUCUGCCGGUCUCUGUUCGAGUUGCUUUGUUAUGGUGCAUCGUGUCCUUGGCGUCCGGCAUUCCACGCAAGAGUCCCUACUCGUCCUUCAUUAGCUUUCCGCCGCUCACGCGGCCGCAAGGCGGUGGCGGCGGCUUUGCCUUUCCCCUGGGACCGGCGGCGAGUCGGGGCACCGAGAGCGUCGUCGAGCUCCCAAAGCCGGACGGUCCCGGGGCAGAGUUCACGGGGCACAACCCGUUCGACUACGGCAGCAGCCUAAACUUUGGUGGGCCGUUGUCCACGGGAGUCGCGAAACUCAAGGUGGUGAACUACGAGGCCCACAUGAGCUCAGAUGACCCGAGGAAGAUGCGCUACGGCAAGCCCGUGGUCAAAGCCUACGAGAGCGUCUACGAAACCAAGAUGAAGAAGAACGGGCAGCGAUACACGAGCACCAAGAAGCGGCCUCUGAAGGCCGCCCAGGAAACACGCAACGAGAUCGAAGGUGACCUGGAUGACCUCCAGGACCAGAUGCAGAAGGACACCAGACAGACCUUCGGGAACCAGCCCGACUUCGACUUCGUCCUCAAGCCCGAGACGGUGCCCGAGGCCGCCGAGACGCCGUUUCCGGAAGCCGGAGACGCCGGAGGCUUCUUCUUCUGAAAGAUAGCAUGCAGACGCCGCGCACUUUUUGAAUUCAUAAGUCGCGAAAAUGUUCCGUCGCGCGCCCAUUUCUUUUGAACGCUGGGAAUCGAAAUGUUCUCCGAGUCCCUGUACGGAUGAUUACAUUCAAGCAGCAGUAGGGCGUGGGCAAUGGCUGCACACUUGUACAAUACGUAUUAUACUUUGUUUCACUCUAUAAAGUACGAGCGCGGCCGACACCACAACCUGAAAGAGCCAACCAGACAGCGCCAAAAGUGCAACGUCAUGGCGAUCGUUGUCUCUUUGUACGUCUGCUAUCAUCGGAUAAACGAAUCAUGUGCAGUGGAUGCGCCUUGACAUUGCGCUUUUUAAUAUGUGCGUUGUGCGUUUGUGUGUCUCUACCCUUGACUGCACUCAACCUAUUUUGAGACCAAGUAUUCGCCUAUUUUUUUGUUUGGCGACAAACUCAGUGGUGCCAUCUAUUGGGUAGGCCCGGCACACUUCCUCUUCACGUACAUUUCCUUAUUUUUUACUCAUCAUUCUUUUAUCAUAAGAGUGAAUUCCGUCUGACAGUGAUAUUAUAAGUUUCCAGUUUCAGAAGAUAACGUGUAUAUUUUAUUUCGCAAAUACUGCGAAACCGGAACCGGUAGAACCGGAAGUGGUUGGGCGCCACUUGCACACUGGCGCCACCACGUUUCAACUCACAGGUAUACGGGUGUGCGAAUUCUGCUUCGAAUCGAAUAACGCAUGCUUCGUUCCUUAGCUUCGGCACUGCAGAAAAACCGGUAUGUGUUUCCGUAGCGCUGUGGAGGCUAAGACUGACGCGGCGCAGUUCGAUUCCAACCACUAUUCCCACUUCCUAAUUAGAAGUAAUCGUGUGUACCUUGAGUACGUUUGCAAACAUUUUUCUUGAUUUUCUACCACAAAAGUAUCAUGAAUGUGUCCACUACACUUAUGAGAACAUAUAAAAUCAUAUAAGAACGUAUAUGCACCUUACUAACUGAACAGUUUUUAUAUGUUUACUGAACAAAUCAUACAUGUAAAAUUUCUUCUUUUUCUUCUAUAGGGUGGUUCAUUACUUUGUUUAUUUCAUCUAAGUAAUAUUGGUUGUUGUUUGAAGUAAGUAAUAAUAGUAAAAAAUAAUAGUAAGUAAUAGUAAGAAAACAUGCUGACUAAAUUAUUUUUCUCCAAGAUUGCCGAUAAAAAUCAGCUCUUUCAUUAUCAGCUCUUUGACUUAAUUUUUUUUAUUAAAAUAAAGCGAAAAUAUUAUUUAGGCAAUGGAAAUCAUAAAAGCUAAGCUGGUUAAAGCUGUUUCCUUGAUAAAACAAAAGCUCAAUAAAACAACCUGUCACCAUUGACACUUAAUAUAACAAAAUAAUUAGAAAAGAAAGAAUUCAUGUGGCCGCGAGGGUUGUUCGUUAUAUAAUUGUAUAAAUUUAUCUUGGAUUAAUUCCUUGUAAACAUGUUUAAGAUCGUGGAGUUGCUUUGUUGUCAAAAUCAACGAUAGCUUUAUGAAUCCGAUACCCAUAUUUAUGGUACAGACUUAUGAACAGGCGAAUAUAUUGAACAGAGGACUUUGUCAUUCAAUAUUUGUCGGUGAAACAUUUAUAAUCUCCUAAAGUUAUAUUUUUUUUUUUUCAGACAGGAAAUACUUAAUUUUUGUUAAACAGAACGUGAAUUAUAGAAUGAAAUAUGUCGACGGAAACUACUUUUUUGCUUUGGUGUUUAAAGGGGGAAAUGUAUUAACUAAAGCCAAACCUUUUUUUUUUCUUGGAAACUACAAAAAAAGGCACAUCGAAAUCGAACUUUCUCGAUUGACGGAACAUUAGAUCAGAAAUGGCUGCGCGAGAACUUACGUUCCCACUAUUCAACGGAGUGGCAUUUGAACAAGUUAAUUAGCUCUUUUCUCGACCCGCCCAUCUAAUGUGAGAAAUCGAGUGUACAAAAUAUUAAUUUAGGUGCGGAUAUGAAAUCACCCUAUUUUCGCGACUUGUGGCCGACAGAUUCGCGUCGUUGUACACUGAAACACUGAAGGUGUUCACCACGAACUUCGUUUCCUGUUAGAAGGUGGCUCUCUACAUGGUCAAACGACGAAAGAAUUGGGGCGCAACUUGAUGGACAUGUAUACUCCAUCCUUGUGUCGAGAUAUCUUGUUUAUUGCACUAAAGAUGCGGCGCAGAAUUAUCGGCCAUAUCAGUUCACCGGGAUGUCGCGAAUCUGCCAGGUUCGAGUUCGUCCAGGUUUGACUUUUUCGACCUUUCAACUCGAACUCCGACAUAUGUUUGGCAGAAGUGGAACUAAAUAAAUGAUCAAAUUUUUAUACAUUGACGUUUAUAUUGCGUAAACAUUAUAUUGAAAUUAUUUGAAGUAUUCUCUAAAACUUCAAGACAGUUUUUUUUUUAUUUUUAGGAAUUUAACAUUUAACAUAACGACGAAUUUCGCCAAAGGUAGGAAAGUUCGCCGACCCGGUCGAACCUCAGUUUCGACAAAAAGUUCGCUAGAUUCCUACUUGUGACCGGUACGUCUGCUAAGUAUCAAGUGCGCGCGAUGUCUACUCAAGGGUUUGUCGGUUUCCUACGAUGCCCUGCAACAAUACUCUUGUACAUAGGUACACCGCAUUCACGCAUGCGCGCGAACACACGUACUUAUCGAAACACACUCAUGAGUUGGUGUACGCUUUAUUCGGGUGUGAACUUCGAAGGUAUAUGUGCCAUUUUCAUGACUCCAUGGCUCCGUGGAUCAAAUAAAGCGUUUUCUUAUUUUAACGACAAGAA